GCAGCCUAGCCACUAUGGCGGUGCAGGCUCCCUGCGCAGGCUUCCUGCGCCGGCGCGCGGAGCGGUGCAUUUCGGGAGUAUAGUUUCCCCGCGGAACUGUGGGAGUCGUGGUUUGUGCACGGCCCCGGAGCUGGAUCCUCCGCGGCCUAGAGCUAUGGGACGGAGGUCCCCAGAGGGGAGUCACUUAUCAGAGGGAGUAGGCCCUUCAUCCAGAGCUCAAGUCUUCUGACUCGUGGGAACAGUGGGACCUGCCCCAACUGGGUUCCCUCUCUUCCUUGUCUGCGUGGCCCACACGACCAGGAGUGAACUCCCAGUUGGUCCAGCAUGAACUGGAAGGUGCUUGAACACUUCCCCCUGCUGCUGUAUAUCUUGGCGGCGAAAACACUAAUCCUCUGCCUGGCGUUUGCUGGAGUCAAAGUCUACCAGAGGAAACGAUUGGAAGCAAAGCAGCAAAAGCUGGAAGCUGAGAAGAGGAAGCAGGUGGAGAAGAAGGAGAGCUAAAGGGGAGUGAAAGAUUUCGUGGUGUAAAUGUCAGCUCGAGUGGACUCCAGCUGAGAAGAAAGUCUUAAUUAUUGAACGAUAUGUCAGAAGACAAACUCGCAGCCUCUAACCUAACUGAAAAUGAUGUGAAUUUUUAUAUGCUUUUAGAAGAACCAGUAUUUUGUUUGCUAAAAUAAAAUAACCUUUGUAGAAUAAUCCA